CAUUCAUGUGCAUAAAUCUGGCAUAGUUAACACGAAAACUAACAAAAAUCUCAUGAAUUUAUAGCCCAACAAGUGAGCUAUAUCAAGAACAGAGAAGCUUGGGCUUACCUUUUAUAUGGAAGCUUCUGCUUUGUCUGCAUUAGACUUGAUUGUUUGAUCAGUUCUGCAAUGCAAUGAAAUACUCAGUCAAGCCGGCCGCGGCGGCACUGUACUUGCGCUUUAUUAUAUUCACCAAAAUUCCUGCCGGCAAUCAGAAUCAUCAUCCUGCGUCCGCCACACUUUGGGCCAUAUUUUAUUUUCUUCCACCAAUUCGACCACCAUCGUUACCGGUGCAAUGGUGGCCACCGGUACCAUCACCGCGUCGAGUAUUCUCCACCACAUAUCCGCCUUCAUCUCUGAAAUACUUGCCCAAUCCGAACUCCGAAAGCGCCUUCUCUCCGUCGUGUACGGCAUAGUCUCACUCUCAGACGAGAUUGCCCUAAAACCCCUAGAGCUUGCAGCCGAAGCUCUCGAAAAUGCCAUCUUCACCGAUAACUCUUCGAUCAAAUCCUCUUCUCUCCGUUGCGCGGAAGAGUUACUCCUCUCCCUUCCUGAAAACGCCUGUUCUUCUUUUCUAUUAUCCCUAAUUUACGGCCUCAAUCACCAAAAUCUCAACUCCGCUCUUAACCUCCUCCAUUUAUUCCUCUCGGACCCUUCGUUGGCUCGCUCCGAAAUCGCUCCGAUUCUCUUCGAGGAGCUCUUUCUCCGCCAUUUUCUUCCAAUUAUUCACUGGUUCCACGAACAGAGAUCCGAAAUCCUGACGUUCUUCCCCUCGAAUUUAAUCAACAAUACUACCGAACAUUCAAUCGGCGAUGAGUCGGAGGUUUUUCAUUGCACGAAAUCGUUGUCGAAGUUGAGCAUUGAUCAGACUUUGAAGCUGAAGGAACUGGAAAGCAAUUACGAGCGGGUUUUGGACAAAAAUUGCAGAGUUUUUGCUAAACAUUUCAAAAGGGUUUUAGAAAGAAAAGACAAUGGUGGAUCGAUCGCAAUUCCAAUGGUUAAAUUAUUGGAUAAGAAUGAGAAGUGGAAUGAAAUGGAACAGAUUGCAGAACAGAAACUCAGAACAGAGCAGCUCUGUUUACCCAAUGGACGGUAUAAUCCAAUUUGGAUCGAAGAAGAACAAACGCUCCAAGUUGACUGUACCAAUAAAUCAAAGUCAGCGUCGCCGCCGUGUGUUCGUUCCCAAGUAUUCGGACCUUUCAAUCUCAUUUCCGAGCAAGAAUCAUCCAGCAGCUCGAGAACUUUUUCUAUCUUCAAGUCGACUGCCCAAGACCAAGACGAUUCUUCUGAAAUUUUCUCGUUGGGAUCUGAGACUGAAUUCGAGGAAAAUGACCACGAAAAGACAUUGUUUGAUUCUGGACAGCCGAAACCCAAGAACCAGAAGCUAAAACAGACCAUAACCCAAUCAUUGGAGUUGGAUUAUGCUAUGGAAAAUUCCCGCAGCGCCUCACCGGAAAGUGGUGAAAAGCAUAUUACACCUCCUAAGGACUUUGUAUGUCCCAUAACUUGCAACAUCUUUUAUGACCCAGUAACUAUAGAGACGGGUCAGACUUAUGAGCGCAGUGCCAUUCAAGAAUGGCUUGAUAGAGGUAACUUGACCUGCCCAAUCACUGGACAGAAGCUGCAAAAUACCCAACUUCCCAAAACCAAUUAUGUCCUCAAACGACUUAUUGCAAGCUGGCUAGAGGAGAAUCCCAAUUUUGUAUUGGACAAAGCUCUUGAUGAGGCUGAAUCAGUGGCUGUUUUAACCUCACCUGUUAGUUUCAUAAGCCAAGCCUCCAUUGACAGAAGUAUGGAGAUGAGGCGUGCAAUUACCAAUCUCUGUACUUCUGAAGUUUUGGAGGAGGCGGAAACUGCCGUGCUUUGUGUGGAGAGGUUCUGGUUGGAAGAAAAUGUGGAAGGGGAUGUUCAACAUAUGUUGUUGAAGCCUUCUGUAAUCAAUGGACUUGUUGAGAUCCUUGUCAAUUCUGUUGAUCUUCAGGUCUUGAGAGCGGCAAUCUUUCUUCUAUCAGAGCUGGGAUUCAAGGGUGAUAUUGUGAUUGAAACGCUCACUCGAGUCGAGUCAGAUGUGAACUGUAUUGUGACUCUUUUCAAAAGAGGUGUUGUCGAGGCUGUUCUGUUAAUAUAUCAGUUGGGACUUUCCAGCCAAACUCUACAAGAAAUGGAUGUAGUCGGUUCCCUUUUGAGUGUUGUUAAAAAGAAAGAAGAAGAUGUGAAUAAGAUGCGUUUGAGCCAUAAAUCUGCUGCAGUGCUUUUGCUUAGAAAGAUUUUGGGGAGUAAAGAAGGAUCUCCGACUGUUGUUGCUGUGCUUGCUGAAAAUGCAAUUGAAAGUAUUUUAGGUAGUUUGAAAGCCAAGCAGGUGGAGGUGCGGAUUGCUGCAGUUGGAAUCUUGCUAAGAUGCAUUCAGGAGGAUUGGAAGUGUAGAAAUAUUAUAGCUGAUAAAGCCGACUUAGCUCUGAUUUUGUCAAGUUUCACGAAAGUGAGUAACGACGAACAAUUCGAGAUCAUUAUGUUUCUCUCUGAGUUGGUUAAGUUAAACAGGAGGACUUCGAACGAAAAAAUUCUUCGAAACAUUAAGGAUGGAAGCAAAUGUAGCACUAUGCACUCCCUUUUGACGUACUUACAAACUGCCCACAGAGAUCAAUGCCCUGUAGUGGCUGGUCUUUUGCUACAACUUGAUAUCUUGGUGGAACCACUAAAGAUGAGUAUCUAUCGUGAAGAGGCGAUGGACGCCCUUAUUUCAUGCCUCAGAGAUUCUGACUUCCCAACAGCUCAAAUUUCUGCUGCUGAGACGAUAAUGUCUUUACAAGGAAGGUUUAACACCUCCGGACAACCCUUAGCUAGGUAUUUUCUUCUUGAACGUGCUGGCCUUACUAAAAAUCACAGGAAACCCAUUGGAAGUGAGAAUAUUAGUGAUGCUCUUGGAGAAGUUGAACUUACAAGGGAAGAAGAUAAGGCAACUGAUGAGUGGGAAAGAAAAAUGGCAUUUGUACUUGUAAACCAUGACUUUGGGUUGCUGCUUGAACCAUUGGCAAAAGGCUUAAAGAGCAAAUGUGCAGCGCUAUUUUCAGCAUGCUUUGUCUCUGCAACAUGGCUGAGUCAUAUGCUUGGAACUCUUCCUGACACGGGGAUUCUAGAAGCUGCUCGAAUUUUCUUGCUCGAUCACUUCUUAUCGAUUUUCACAAUGACGACAGAUAUUGAAGGGAAAGCACUUGCCUUGCUAGCAAUAAACAGUUUCGUACAUGAACCCGAAGGACUGCAGUACCUAAGUUCCGACAUGAAAAAUAUUAUGAGAGGUCUCAAGGAAUUUAGGAGAUCAACGCCAUUGGCCUUUGAUAUGCUAAAAGUCCUAUGUGAGGGACAAGACUCGAGUACUGAACUCUGGAGUCAUCAUGAAUUGUUUAAAGUAGAUUGCAGUAGAAAUGGAGAAGUACUAUCAAUUGCUCAUUGCAAGGACAGGAUCAUCUCUGGCCAUUCAGAUGGAACAAUGAAGGUCUGGUCUGUUAGAGGCACUAAUCUUCAUCUCCUACAAGAAAUUCAAGAGCACUCUAAGGGAGUCACCAGUCUAGCAGUUGCAGAAUCCGAAGAGAAAUUAUACAGUGGCUCCUUAGACAAGACCAUAAAGGUAUGGUCUCUAGGUAGUGAUAUAGUCCAAUGCAUACAAGCUCACGAUGUGAAGGAACAAAUUCACAACUUAGUCGUUUCAAAAUCUGUUGCUUGCUUCAUCCCCCAUGGAGUUGGUAUCAGGGUUUAUUCAUGGGCCGGGGAAUCGAAGUUACUUAACUCGAGCAAACAUGUCAAGUGCUUGAAUCUUAUGCAUGGAAAACUAUACUGUGGAUGCCAUGAUAGUAGCAUCCAGGAGGUUGAUUUGGCUACAGGUACCGUAAGUUACAUCCACAGCGGUUCUAGAAAACUAUUGGGAAAGGCCAAUCCUAUCCAUGCACUUCAAGUUUACGACGAACAAUUAUUUUCAGCCAGUACUGCUUUAGAUGGAGCAGCUGUGAAGAUCCGGUGUAGGUCGAACUAUGGUGUGAUUGGAUCACUGUCAACGGCAAUGGAUGUAAGAACUAUGGCCGUAGGCUCAAAUCUAACUUACUUGGGAGGUAAAGGAGGAGUGGUUGAAAUUUGGAGCAGGGAAAAGCACAACAAAAUAGACACACUUCAAAUAGGUAGAAACUGCAAGGUCGUUUGCAUGAGUCUCAAUGAACGGGAGGAUGUUCUGGUCAUCGGUACAUCCGAUGGUCGGAUUCAGGCUUGGGAACUAUGACAGAGAAAGAAAGGAUGGCACCGUGAUGUUGAUACGAAAGUGUAAUUUUAAUGUUUGUAUCAAUAUUGUAUUAGAAGUUACAAUCUCUUGGGUAUUUUGUAGAGGUUAUGGGAUGUGAGAAAUCUGCUAGAAAUUGAGCACUACAUGAUCUCUAUGGCUACUCAAAACAAUCAAUGCUAUCAAAAGUUGGGAAAAACUCAAUUUCAUCCAA